CAUCACAGGCGGACAUAGCAGUGCCGUCGCCACCAGCCAGUCAGUCGAUGUGAGCUUUUGCAGCAGGACAGAAACAUUUGGUAGUCUGAGGGAUUGUUCGAUAAACACAGCCAAAAUAAAUACACGUGUAAAUUCUCCAACGACAGAACUACCGUGCUGAAGACAUGGGAGUUGACGGGUGUGGACAGCUGGCAAAAUGCAUUCUCAUUCUUUUUUCGGCACUUUUUGCGGUGAUUGGAUUGGGCAUGCUUGCUUUGGGCAUCGGGCUUAGACUCAGCGAGCACUCAAGUGGGAUCUUCGAUGUCAAUUUGAAAACACAAGCGUUUGUCAUUUUUGUGGUGAUCUUGAUGGUGUUGGGGGCAUUGAUGGUGUUGCUGUCCAUUUUUGGGUUUCAUGGAGCUUGCGGCGAGAGCGUCACUUCCUUGCGAGUUUUUGCUGUAUUGGUGGCCAUCAUCGCCGGGGCAGAGAUUGGAUUUGGAGUGUUGGUGUACACACAAAGCAGAGAGGUAUCUGAGAAUCUUGGGGAGGUGUACGCAUCAGUUUACGCUCAAUUUGUCAACACACGCGACCCAAGCCUCGGAGCUACCCUUGAAGUCAUCCAUAAUUUGUUCGACUGUUGUGGAGUUGGAGGGGGCAUCUUGGAGGUGUUUGUCCGAGACACGUGUCCUUCGAAGGGGAUGUGGGACACCCUCACAAAAUCUGACUGUCCCAGCAAGAUCAUGAAUUUCUUCCAAGAGAAGGCUCCUCUCGUUCUGGGCUUCUUCCUGUCAUCUGGAGCAAUGAUGAUCAUUGCUCUGGUGUGCAGCUCCCUCCUCGUGAAGGGGAUCAAGUCUGCCUCCGCUCUUCCUCCCUAUGUUCUCCUCACCACCUCUACCAUCUCCCACAUCUCUCCAGCACCUGCUGUCUGCUCUGCAAUCACUCUCGCUGUCCCAGAUGCAGAAGAAGCGUAGAUUUAGAUACAUCUAUUACUUUAGCCUACAACUAGAUCAGUUCUCAUACUUUCUGUACACCCUCCUUGCCCCCCAUACUUGUUUCCUGUCAAAGAUUCUUUUGCCUGAUACAUCAUUAUUCUACAUUAUCUUACAUUAUUAUUAGGUGCACUGUGUAAUGUUUUUAGUAGUUUAUUUCCAGAAUUCAUGCUGCCCAUUCAGAAAAGUUAGCUUUGCCAUGAAUACUUACCACCACCAUUACAUUGUAAGUAUUGAUUAUGAUUGGGAAAAUUGCAUUUUUCAUAAAUGAAAAGGGGGAUCUUCUCCAUGGUCCACCAUUUUGAACUUCAAGAAAUAGCCAUUUCUAGCUACAGAACUCGCUGUACUUUGGUCAUGCUAGUAAAUAUUAGUUUAUUAUUUAGUAAAUAUCCAGGAAAAGCUCAAAUUUGGCAAUAGACAGCACAAUUUCAAUGAGCAGCAUAGUUGCAAUGCCUACUCUGGCCACAACCUUAGACAGUGCACCUUUAAGUAACUAUUUUACUGGCUCUUGGAGGUGUGUUGGUAACAAUCGUAUCUAAAAAAUCAAGUCUGCCACAGCUCUUCCUCCUCUUUGUUCUUCUCACCACUUCCACCAUCUCUCCAGCACCUUCUGUCUGCCAUCACUCUCACUGUCUCAGAAGCAGAAGAAGCCUAAUGGCAGCUAAUCAAAAUGUCACUUUAGUAGACAUCUACCAGAUCAGUCCUAGAGCUUUCCAUGCACUUUCCUUGUGUUUUUCCCCCACACUUGGUUCAUGUCAUAGUAUCUUCUUUAACCUGAUGCAUCGUUAUCCUGCAUCACCUUCAGCAAUUCAUGCUUUUUGACUGUAAUUACACUGGCUGUGGGCGGGAAAGUAACUGUCAUAUCUACGAUCGGGUACUUUAACAGAGGUGUCAAUCCCACAGUAAUAAAGUAAAAUCAUGCCACAAGUUGACUUUUGAAAGGCCACACUGGCAGAAACAACUUGAGAAUGGUCACACUGCCCAAAACAUCGUUCGUCUAAAUAAAUUCAGCAUUGGACAAGAGUGAGCUGUAUCUUCCCUCUGGAGGGAACUAUUACCCUACUAUUACCUGCACCUCGAAACCUCUGGUGUGUGCGUUGGCUUCCUCAUCCAAAAAGAGAAGGUUAUCAUAGCCAUGCUGUUUUCUCAUUUCUGAAACUGGGAUUGACACCUCUGUACUUGGGCUUGGAACUCUACUGUACCUUCCUGCUACUCCCGAUCUCCCAUCCUCUCCGCCCCUUUCUUCCUCCGCCCUAUCAGAUCGCCGCCUUCGUCUGCUACUGCAUCCUGUCCAGUGCCAUUACGAACAG